GUUGCCGUCCCGCACAUCUGGUGGAGGUGCCUUUGCCAGUCCCAGUCUUGAACCCGCAUUCUCCCUCGAAUUGUCUCGUUUUUGGCUGCUAUCCUCUUCUCUGGGUGUUGCGCCAAUUUCGCCUGCCAUGUUCUCCGCCGUCCGCCAAUGUGCCCUACGGACUGCCCGAACUCGGCUUAGACAGUCGCAACCCGUCGCCGUCCCCCAGUACUCGGCCUUUGCACGCUUGGCCUCAACCCUCGCCGUCCUCGAGCAAAAAGAUGGCAAGAUCGUAUCCCAGUCAUUGGCUGCUAUCACAGCAGGAACAAAGAUUGGAGGCUCUAUAACAGCCUUUGUUGCGGGCAAUGGAGUCAAGGCUGUCGCAGAAGAGGCCGCAAAGUCAAAGGGUGUGGAAAAGGUCCUCUACGUUGAGAAUGGUGCAUAUGACAAGUCUCUCCCCGAGAACUAUGCACCCCUCCUGGUAGAGAACAUAAAGAAGGGCGGAUACACACAUGUCAUUGCCGGCCACUCGGCCUUUGGCAAGAACAUUAUGCCCCGCGUAUCGGCCCUCCUCGACUCGCAACAAAUAUCUGACAUUACUGGCAUUGAGAGCGAAGACACGUUUGUCCGACCCAUCUACGCCGGUAACGCCAUUAUGACCGUUCAAUCGUCCGACAGCACAAAGGUCAUCACCGUCAGAGGUACUGCAUUCCCCGCACCAGAGGCUGAAGGUGGAAACGCAACCGUGGAAGAGGGCGUCGACCCUAAGGCUGAGUGCCCGACUGAAUGGAUAUCCGAAGACCUCCAAAAAUCCGACCGACCUGAUCUCGGCUCAGCAGAUAAGGUUGUGUCAGGAGGGCGUGGUUUGAAAUCGAAGGAGGAGUUUGACAAGCUCAUGCCACCUCUAGCAGACGCGCUUGGCGCUGCCAUUGGUGCUUCAAGAGCAGCAGUCGACAGUGGCUUCGCUGACAACAGCUUGCAAGUUGGACAGACUGGAAAGAAUGUUGCGCCGCAGCUCUACUUAUGCGCCGGUAUCUCCGGAGCUAUUCAACAUUUGGCUGGUAUGAAGGACAGCAAGGUCAUUGCUGCCAUCAACAAGGACCCUGAGGCACCAAUCUUCCAGGUUGCCGAUGUUGGUCUUGUUGGCGAUCUCUUCGAAAAGGUGCCUGAGCUAACAGAGAAGCUCAAGUCGCAGUAGAAAAAAAUACACAUAUCAAAUGUUAGACAUGUAAAAUAGUUAUGAUAACCUUUCACCGGGACCGAAGAGAGGUGCAGCGUUCACUGUGCAUUUGCUAAGUCUCUUAGGGCCCAUAGGCAGCUUACGUGACACUGACAUCUUGGUUGGCUAACUCAACAUAGGAACUCAUAAUCUUGGCGUACAUUAAGUAAACGAACAAUUGCAAGAUCAAC